AUGGCAGGAGAACUUCCUGGGUUUUACUAUGAUGCGGAAAAGAACAGAUACUUCCCCACCAAAGGUCCAAUACCCGGCUCCCGUCGUGUGACUACUGCUGCUUCUUCUUCCAGCGCUCAAACACCGGCCCAGGCGAACCAGAGUAAAACUUCUAAGCUGCUUCAUGACAGUGAGUUAUGUGGUAAUCUCAUCGCUUCCAGUAAAGGAAGGUGUAACUUUUAUGAGGAAUUCCAAAAGGCGCAAGUAUCCCAUCCUGUGGUUUGGAAGUAUCAGGGAACAAAUCAGUUAGGUGAUAGUGCUUUAGAGUGGAUUCGCAUGGAUGUACAGACAGGAGAGGAACUAACUGAUACGGACUUUGUAUUAGCAGGUGGCGCUGAUGGCUCUUUAAGUAUUUUUGAAGUUGGGAAAGUUGGGCUGGGUCUUGAGUAUGGGAUGAAAUGUAAGGCAGAUCGUGUCUGGCCACUGUUGAACGAAAGUCAACUAGAGUGUAGUGAAGUGCCUGGGCACAUAUGGAGACCAGCUCAAGCUACACCACGAAUGCCAUCGAAUAUAUCUCGUAUAAAAUUGUUUGGAAAGCAGUCUCCUGGCACAGAAGAUGAAAGUUCACGCACUCAGCAUAUGUUGUAUCCUUUCAUACAUUAUCAGACUUCUUCUUCUUACGGUUUAAUAUAG